AUGCCCGCGUGUCACGGCCACUAUCGUACCACGGUAGGCUGUGGUUUUAGCGACUGCUUUGAUGUCAACGUGGACAGCACACGUUUGGAUGAGCCGUUUAUUCCGAACUUGACCGUGCUGUCGGAUACCUUGGCUGCAGCCGAGCACAAUUGGCGUGCUCCGUUGUCAGGUCCUGAUGCUUUUGGCACGAUUCGUGCUUGUAUAGCUUUCACCGGUCCCGGAACGACGUUCACCGGGACUUUUGAUCUUUUGCCGGUGCGUGCGGGCGGUGAAUCGUACGAAGAGUGCCUUGGGUACUGUUACAUGUACGGUGCGUUUCCUGGACCGCUUGCCGAAGUCGCUUGUGGUCUUUUGGAUGGCCCCUAG